AUGAAGCUCACUUCAAGCGUGGCUUCUCUGGCCCUUCUGGCCGCGUCAGCAGACGCUUUCCAACCUGGGCCAAAGAUUCAGAAGCGCAGCAAGGGACCCGCCAUUCAGAUCUCACCUCGCCAGCUGCCUGCAGAGCCAGUUGACGUCCAGUCAGUGACCAGCCCAAAUGGAGUCACCAUUCGGUACAAGGAGCCUGGCAAGGAAGGCGUCUGCGAGACCACUCCAGGCGUCAAUUCCUAUGCUGGCUUUGUAGAUCUGGCUCCCGAUGUCCAUAGCUUUUUCUGGUUCUUUGAGAGCAGAAGAGAUCCGGCCAACGACCCUCUGACCUUAUGGCUCAAUGGUGGCCCAGGAUCAGACAGCUUAAUAGGCUUAUUUCAAGAACUCGGACCAUGCAACAUAACCGAAGAUCUGAUGACACAGUUGAAUCCUUACGCCUGGAACGAAGUGAGCAAUAUGCUCUUUUUGAGCCAACCUCUCGGAGUUGGUUUCUCGUAUUCGGGGAAAGAGCCAGGAUCUUAUUGGAAUGUGACUGGUGAGAUCCUCAACGCAACCCAGGCACCUGUGGACGGCAGAUACCCCACAAUCAACGCUUCGGCGAUCGAUACCACAGACCUUGCAGCUAUCGCUGCUUGGGAAGUCAUUCAGGGGUUUUACUCUGGUCUACCACAGCUGGAUUCCAAUGUCUCGUUGACCGAGUUCAAUCUGGCCACCGAGAGCUAUGGCGGUCAUUACGGUCCGGCGUUUUAUAACUAUUUCUACGAUCAGAACGAGGCCAUUGCCAAUGGUUCGGCGCAGGGAAAGCAGUUGAGCUUCAACUCGCUGACCAUCAUCAACGGCAUUAUCGAUGAGAUGAUUCAAGUGCCAUAUUAUCCCGAGUUUGCUGUCAACAAUACAUACGGCAUCAAAGGCCUAAACGACACGCAAUACGAGUACGCAAAGUUCGCGCUGAACAUGCCUUUUGGGUGCCUCGAGCAAGUUGAAUUCUGCCGUUCUGCCGAUGUGAGCACAGACGUAGGCAAGGCUAUAUGCACCGAGGCCGGUAACAUGUGCCGCGACAACGUCGAGGGCAUUUUUGAGAACCAACAGGUCUACGGUUAUUACGAUAUCCGACACCCCUACGACGACCCCACCCCACCCGACUACUUCGUCGACUUCCUCAAUCUCGAGAGCACGCAGGCCGCCCUGGGCGUCGACACCAACUACUCGACCUCCAACACCGAAGUCUACUACGCCUUCCAGCAGACCGGCGACUUUGUCUACCCCAACUUUCUGGAGGAUCUCGAGCACAUUCUCAACAACUCGGUGCGCGUCUCCCUCAUCUACGGCGACGCCGACUACAUCUGCAACUGGUUCGGCGGCGAGGCCGUCUCCCUGGCCGCGCAGUACACGCACACCGCCGAGUUCAACGCCGCGGGCUACACGCCCAUGCUGGUCGACGGCGUCGAGUACGGCGAGACGCGCGAGUAUGGCAAUUUCUCCUUUACACGCAUCUACGAAUCCGGGCAUGAAGUUCCUUACUACCAGCCGAUCGCCUCGCUGCAGCUCUUCAACCGCACGGUCUUUGGCUGGGACACGGCCACCGGCACCAAGAAGGUCACGGCGGAUCUGGGCACGACGGGCGACGCGCACGCCACGCACACGAAUGCUUACACGCCCCUGCCGAGCGCGACGCAGUCGGCGGAGGCGGCGGCGAAGGUGUUUGGGCCGGGGAGGGCUGUGCACUGGAAGGUCUAG